AGCUUUGGCCUUGAGGGCUGGAGGGGCGGGGUCGGGGGCUGGAGCCUCAAGGGGCCCUUGUGGGCGGUCCUGCUGCCCUCGCCAGGCAGAGCCAGGUUGGGCUGCUACUGCCGCUAGCCGCCCGCGGAGAUGCUCUCUCGAAUUGCCUGGAGCUGGGGGCCAUGGAGAAUGGCAGGACCUAGCAUACGAAGCGCUCACAGUCCAGGAAAUGCAGCCCGCAGUGAGGGAAAGAUGCCCCCCUACACCAACUGCUAUGCCCAGCGCUCCUACCCCAUGCCCGACGAGCCCUUCUGCACCGAGCUCAGCGCCGAGCAGCAAGCCCUGAAGGAGAAGGAGAAGGGCAGCUGGAGCCAGCUCAGUCCCGCCGAGAAGGUGGCCUUGUACCGGCUGCAGUUCAACGAGACGUUCGCAGAGAUGAACCGCCGCUCCAACGAGUGGAAGACGGUGAUGGGCUGCGUCUUCUUCUUCUCGGGCUUCACGGGCCUGGUGAUCUGGUGGCAGCGAGUGUACGUGUUCCCUGAGAAGCCCAUCACACUGACGGACGAACGCAAGGCCCAGCAGCUGCAGCGCAUCCUGGACAUGAAGGGCAACCCGGUGCAGGGCCUGGCCUCGCGCUGGGACUAUGAGAAGAAGCAAUGGAAGAAGUGACCGCCCGCGACUGGCUUGCAACCUCUGGGGGUAGGGGGACUUCCUCUGCAGCCCUAACUGUCCCCGCUCCAAAAAUUAAAAACCAAUAAGGCCCACCUGUUCUA